GGCUCUGGCUCUGGCUCUGGCUCUGGCUCUGGCUCUGGCUCUGGCUCUGGCUCUGGCUCUGGCUCUGGCUCUGGCUCUGGCUCUGGCUCUGGCUCCUGGUCCGGUUCUGGCUCCGGCUCCGGCUCUGGAGGUGCUGCUCCCUCUGUCCCCUCCGGCUCCGUCCCUGCUGUUCCCACCGCUAGCGUCCCCGAGGGCGCCAGCGCUGGUGCUUCCACCACUCCCUGCGACACUAUCACCGGCCAGACUGUCGUUCCUGUUGCUACUAUGACUGAGGGCGGCUCUGCCCCCAGUGCCCCUGCUCAGUCCGGCGGUGUUGUUCCCUCUGCUCCCGCUCAGUCUGGUGCUCCUGGUGCUCCCUCCGGUGCCCCUGCUCCUAGCGGUGGUGUUGUCCCCUCUGUUCCCGCUCAGUCCGGCGGUGCCCCUGCCCCUAGCGGCGGCGUUGUUCCCUCGUCUCCUGCUCAGUCUGGUGCCCCUGGUGCCCCCUCUGGUGGUGCUAGCGUCCCUGCCGUUCCCACUGCUAGCGUCCCCGAGGGCGCCAGCGCUGGUGCUUCCACCACUCCCUGCGACACCCUCACCGGCCAGACUGUUGUUCCCGUUGCUACCAUGACCGAGGGUGGCUCUGCCCCCAGCGCCCCUGCUCAGUCCGGUGCCCCUGGUGCUCCCUCCGGUGGCGCUCCUGCUCCUAGUGGUGGUGUUGUUCCCUCUGCUCCCGCCCAAUCCGGUGGUGCCCCUGCCCCCAGCGGCGGUGUCGUUCCCUCCGGUGCUGCUAGCGUCCCUGCUAUUCCCACCGCCAGCGUCCCCGAGGGUGCCAGCGCUGGAGCCUCCACCACCCCCUGCGACACCCUCACCGGCCAGACUGUCGUUCCCGUUGCUACCAUGACCGAGGGCGGUUCCGCUCCCAGUGCCCCUGCUGAGUCUGGUGCCCCUGGUGCCCCUAGCGGUGCCAGCCCCUCCGAGACCCCUGCCGCUCCUGCUCAGUCUGGCUCUGGCAACGCUCCCAGCGGUGGCUCCCCCGCCCCCAGCGGUGGUGUCGUCCCCUCCGGCGCUGCUAGCGUCCCUGCUGUUCCCACCGCUAGCGUCCCCGAGGGCGCCAGCGCUGGAGCCUCCACCACUCCCUGCGACACCAUCACCGGCCAGACUGUCGUCCCUGUCGCUACCGAGACCGUGACUCCUGUCCCCGUUGCCACCUCGGCCACUGAGGGUGGUUCCUCUCCUCAGAUCACCACCGCUCCCGUCGCUGGUUCCGGCUCCGGCUCUGGCUCCGGCUCCGAGACCGAGGUGGUUACUGUCACCGUCACCGCUACUCAGCCUACAAGUUACGACGAUAGCAACGGCAUCAAUGGUGAAUAG